CUCUCUCUCUCUCUUCAGUAGCAUCAGACAGAGACUUCUUUCUUUCCUGUUUAAAAAUUAAAAAUCAAAAUCUUUUCUCUCUCUAAGUUUCUGGGAUUUGAUUGGUUACUGAGAGAAACGCUGGGAUUUUUUUUUCUUUGUUAAACAAGAAAGUGGAAGAGAAACAAGAACAAGAGCCAGAUGACCAGACCGCAAAUCUAUCCGCUUCUAUUUCUUCUUUCUUUACUAAGCCCAUCUUCGAUAGGCUUUUGAAUCCAAACCUCGUGCAAGACAAGGUGCUCCGACUGCUGUGAGGCAGCCUGUGAGGUGUUAUUCAGUUGUUUCUGUAGAUGUCCUACGGGAACUGUGUUUUGAAGUUUGAGUCAAAUCAUGAAGUUUAUGUGAUUUUAUCAUGUACAUUGCUGCUAGGGUGAGGAACCACAGCUUGUCAACAGCUUCUACAAAUCAAGCAAGAAGGUUGAGUAGAGAACAAGAUUCGGUGAGUGGUCAUACUAGCAUGGCAUCUGGAAAUCCUUUUUUUGAUGACAUGAGAAGUAAGCCAGAGGUUAUUGAUCCUCCUCAAAAUGAAGACAUGAUGGAUGUUGGUGAAAGUGUGAAUGAUCCUGCUCAGACAGCUUUGAAACCUAAUGUUACUGUGACUAGCAGUGUUCGUGAGCUAUUAGAGUGUCCUGUGUGCUUAAAUGCUAUGUAUCCUCCUAUUCAUCAGUGCUCAAAUGGUCAUACAUUAUGUUCUGGCUGCAAACCCAGAGUUCAUAAUAGGUGCCCCACCUGCAGGCAUGAACUUGGUAACAUCAGAUGUCUUGCAUUAGAGAAAGUUGCUGCAUCUCUUGAACUUCCUUGUAAAUAUCAGAGUUUUGGGUGUAUUGGCAUAUACCCGUACUACAGCAAGCUAAAACAUGAAUCACAGUGUGUUUAUAGACCAUAUAACUGUCCCUAUGCUGGAUCAGAAUGCACAGUCAUUGGUGAUAUUCCUUAUCUAGUGGCCCAUUUGAAGGAUGAUCACAAAGUUGACAUGCAUAAUGGCAGUACUUUCAACCAUAGAUAUGUCAAAUCAAAUCCACAUGAAGUUGAGAAUGCUACAUGGAUGCUAACGGUUUUUAGCUGCUUUGGUCAGUACUUUUGUCUACAUUUCGAAGCUUUCCAGCUUGGGAUGGCCCCUGUCUACAUAGCAUUCUUGCGGUUUAUGGGCGAUGACAAUGAGGCAAAGAGCUAUAGCUACAGCCUCGAGGUUGGUGGGAAUGGAAGGAAGAUGAUAUGGCAAGGAGUGCCUAGGAGCAUAAGGGAUAGCCAUCGGAAGGUCCGUGACAGUUUUGAUGGUCUCAUAAUUCAGCGCAACAUGGCUCUUUUCUUCUCUGGUGGAGACCGAAAGGAAUUGAAGCUUAGGGUGACUGGGCGGAUUUGGAAAGAGCAGUAAUGAGAUUUUUCCAUUCUAUUCUACCAUCAAAGCUAGCAGAUUUGGUUUUCUUUUUGCAGUCUCAUGAAUCUUCUGAUCAUGUAUUUUUCGAGUUGAAAGGAGGCAAACUCUCUUUGCUUGUCCAUGCAUCAAAUACAUGGGUGGGAUACAUGACACUUAUGCCUGAAACUAUAAUAUUUAUCUAGAGAUUUAGGUGUGCAAUUCUGCACUGCA